AUGUCAUGGAAUGACUUCUUGGAACAGCUCAGGCGAUUUGGUUUCCGGCGUCUAACCAAUGCUGGUCCAGAUCAAGGAGCCUUCUACCAUCCUGGUUUCUUCCAUGGCCACCCACAGCUUGCAGAACACAUCGUGUACAAUGAGAUGGAAGUUGCUCCCUUGGAUCGUCCUGGUCCUACUUUGGCCUUCAUGCACCCGACUCCCCAGAAUGACAUGGUUCCAGCUAACCAAAGCAGUACUGUUGCUGAGAGCGUUUCAUCCCAAAACCGAAUGAUGGAAGGCCCAGUUCCUGGAGCACCAACCCUCCCUUCUGAAGUUUCUUUGGCUCAGUUGCUCAUGCAAUCAAUGAUGACAAAUAAUAAUCCUGUUCAAGUUGGAGCUGCAGAGGAUUUGGUUCACCAUGACCAUGGUCCUGAUCAUUUCUUGCCGGGGAUGCUCCAUUGAUCCGUGGGCAAAAGCAAUCCCAGUGCACAUAAUUCGAUUUUGUCCCUUGUCUCGGACGUUCAUGCAUGCAAUCAAUAAUGAUAAUAUAUAAUCCUCAUGUUGGAACUGCA